ACGACAUCCUUCUACCUCGCCCUCUCGCCCUGCGCCUACAGCGAUCCGCUCGGAGGACUUCUCGCCGAACACAUCUCUCCGCAUUUGCUUUCCUACUAUCCUCCUCUGAAUGGCGUUCUUCUCGCAUUCGAAAACGCACGCAUGUCUGAGUCUCCAGAUCAAGUGAGCGAAGGGCCAUCAGACGUCCUCGCGCGCAGCUUCAACGAAUACGCAGUCUCAUUCCUCUGGCUGACCUGCGACUUCCUCGUCUUCCGACCCUCGCCGGGCACGUAUUUGGAAGGCGACGUCAACCUUCAGAACGAAGGACUCCUUGGUCUGAUCUGCUUCAACUAUUUCAACGUGUCCAUCCCGAAAGAGAACAUGCCUUCAGAUUGG